CCCGCGGCGGGAGGGCGCGCCGCCUGGCGCUCCAGGUGCAGUUCCCACGAGCCUGGGGGCCACGGUGGCCCUGGAGGAGUGGCCCGUCAACAAUCUGCCCCUGCCGUGUCUCUGCGCCCUGUCCACUGGACGCCAGUGAGCCUCAGAACUCAGUUCUGGCUCAAGGUCAAGGUGAUUUGUCUAGUGCUGGUCCUUCCGACUGCCAGUCUGGAAGCAGUACAGAGCAUCUCCUGGCAGCAGACAGGAAGCACGCCACUGUGGACAUGUCUUCUCCCCAUUUUCCUGAGAGCUCGCUUGGAGAUUCUAGCUGGGGGCACAGAUACUUGUAUGCCCUUGAAGAAUGGUCUGCCUUUGAAAGAUGCCCACCUGCGGAGCACAGGGUGGUCAAGACUGCGCCCUAUGUCGGAAGUCACCCAGAUAUCCCUGGUAUGCAACAGUUCUGAGUGGGACCUGCUGGGAGGCCGGAGAGACCCCAACUGCCUUGCCCGGCCUGGUGUCAAGAUGCUGAGUUGGAAGCUCCCUAGGCUGUUCCGUGUAGACCAGGUGCCUCAGGUGUUCCAUGAGCAGGGCAUCCUCUUUGGCUACCGACACCCACAGAGUUCCGCCACUGCCUGUAUCCUCAGCCUUUUCCAAAUGACCAAUGAGACUCUCAACAUCUGGACGCACUUGCUACCCUUCUGGUUCUUUGUGUGGAGGUUCGUGACUGCACUGUAUAUGACAGACAUCCAGAAUGACAGCUACUCGUGGCCUAUGCUCGUGUACAUGUGCACCAGCUGUGUGUACCCCCUUGCAUCCAGCUGUGCACACACCUUCAGCUCUAUGUCCAAGAACGCCCGGCAUAUCUGCUACUUUCUGGACUAUGGUGCUGUCAACCUCUUCAGCCUGGGCUCCGCCAUCGCCUACUCUGCAUACACGUUCCCUGAUGCACUGAUCUGCAGUACCUUCCAUGAAUGCUACGUGGCCCUGGCCGUGCUGAACACCAUUCUCAGCACUGGUCUCUCCUGCUACUCCAGGUUUCUUGAACUCCAGAAGCCCCGGCUCUGUAAGCUGCUCCGAGUCCUCGCCUUUGCCUACCCCUACACCUGGGACUCGCUUCCUAUCUUCUACCGGGUAAGGACAUGGCUCUUCCUGUUCCCAGGAGAGAAUUCAAGAAAUGAAGCCAUCUUGUAUCACCAGAAGCACAUGGUCAUGACCCUCCUGGCCUCUUUCUUGUACUCUGCUCACCUGCCGGAGCGACUGGCUCCUGGACGCUUUGACUACAUCGGUCACAGUCACCAGCUGUUUCAUGUGUGCGUGAUCCUGGCCACACACUUGCAGAUGGAAGCCAUCCUGCUGGAUAAGACUCUAAGAAAGGAGUGGCUUUUGGCCACCUCCAGACCCUUCUCAUUGCCCCAGAUAGCAGCAGCCUUGCUUCUGUGCAUCAUCUUCAGCCUCAGCAACAUUAUUUAUUUCUCAGCUGCUCUCUAUCGGAUCCCUGAGCCUGAAUUACAUGAAAAGGAAAUGUGAUUUACAACAUGCCAGGCGUCAGUGUUAAGUCACUGGUGUGGUGCCGGCUUACCGUGGCCAAAAGUAUGUGUAGUGACUGAUGUCUUGACACUUUUUAAUGGGCUCGUAUCAAAAAAAGCAUCUAACCCGGGGAGAGUUCUCCACACAUGCACUGAUUCUGUAAGUGUUCUGUAAAAAGGAGAAGAACAUGGGCUUAAGUCCUGGACAACACAAAUUAUUGAAAUGUUAAGUUUUAAACUUAUUUAAAACGGGGUGUUUAGGAGAUGGGGGUGCAGCACAGUUGGUAAAUACUUGCCUACAAUAUACAAAGGCCUAUUUUUGUUUGUUUGGUUUUGGCUGUUUUAUUUGUUUGUUUGAGACAAGGUCUCACUAUGUAGCUCAGGCUGUCCUGGAAUUUACUGUGUAGACCAGGCUGGCUCCUGACUCCUCAGGGCUGAGAUUAAAGGCAUGUGCCAUGUACCACUAUACUGAGUCCCUGGUUUUGAUCCUCAGCGAAGCAGGAACCUGACCUGAUGGUGUAUACCUAUAAUCCGAGCACCAGAGGAGUAGAACCAGAUGACCAGAAGUUCAGAUACUUAGUGAUUUGAGGCCAUCCUUGGAUACAGGAGAUUCUGUCCCUAAAAAAAUAUAGUUUUUAAUUUAAAGUCGAAUUAAGCAUAUUGUCCUGCCCGCCCCCCCUUUUUGACAUGGUUUUUCUGUAGCUUUGGAUUUGGAGCCUGUCCUAGAACUCUGUCUGUAGACCAGGCUGGCCUUGAACUCACAGAGAUCUGUCUUUGCCUGCUGGGAUUAAAGUUCUGAGCCACCACUGCCUGGCUGCCUUUCUAAUUUUUAUAUUAAUGUUUAAAAUGAAAUUGGCUGCAUUUGAUGAAUUCUGUAUAGCCAAACUUCUUCCCCAGAUGAGAGAUGGGUCAAUGAGUUACGAAGCUUGCUGUCAAGCCUGACAACAGGCGUUCGAUAUCCAGGCCCUGCUGCAAAAUAUUCCAUAGUGGAGAUAAAAUGUGUUGACCUCUGGAGCUAAGUGUAUCAUCUCAACUGGUAGGGCUCCCUGUCACCUUUUCAAGCAAUGAAGGAGUUGUCUUUAGAGAUGUCACAUGCCUGACACUGUUUAAGCAUGCCCAGUAUGCUGCCAGACUUAGAAUCUGUGCAGAGGGUGUUGAAGAUCUCACCAAUGGGACAGUCAAAUAUCCUGUCUUCAAACCCAGGUAAGCCUAUGACAUGCAUUUCCUGGGGUGAACCUAGGGCUUCUAUUUUCCCUACAUUAAAUGCAGAUUUUGCAGAGAAAAUGUGGAUACGAUCACAUCCACAUGAGGACUCCAACACAAGAGGGCAGGGAGCAAAAGCUAAAGACAUUUGUGGUGUCUUUCAUUAUACAGCUUGAUCAAAGCUCCAGCAACUGGGGAGAUACCAUGAUCCCAAAGGUGGUUUUCCCAGGGUGAGGCUUGGCCAUUGCUCUCCGGAUGUGUUGACCCCUGUGAUUUCCUCAAAUGUGGGGAGACUCGACUGCAUAAUUUGUGGUAGUGGGGGACUUCAUUUGUGCUCUCCGAUACGGGGUAGGGGGAGUUUCAGUAACCCGCCAUCUAUGUGUAAAUCCUUGUAUUCUUUCCAGAGUUUUCUACUGUCGAUAAUAUUUUUUAAAGUGGUUAAAAUAAAAAUGAAGACUUGUAGGUCAAACUCUAGACUUAAAAGAAGAUAAAGCCAGGAGGCUUGAAGGAGAGGUGCUCAGGCAUGCAUGCUCAUUUAAAGCUCUCUGUUUCCUGUGUGUGGAUGAAAUGAGGUCAGCCAUCUUCCUGACUGCUGGGUCAGCCUCGCAUUCAGGAUCCAUACCUUCCCUACCAUAUCCCUUCUAGAACAAUAAACCCAAAUAACCCCCUUCUUAAAAAAAAAAAAUAACAUCACACACACCCCCAACAGAACUCUGCUAAGAGCCACAACCUUGUGCAAUGAUCUUUGCAGUCUUACACAAAAAAUGCUUGUGCAGGGCCAAUAGCUGCCUGUCUGCCCUGGGGCCAAUGUUACCCUUGUUAUUGAUGCUCUGAACCAAAUAUUACUGUGUUCAUAUGCAACAUAGCAUCCUUCUCAUUUUGUCUUAAAAAUAUCCCACUAUAGGGCUGGGGAUGGCUCAGUGGGCCCAGUGUUUGCUGUGCAAGCAUCAAAGCGAGUUCAGAUUCCCCAGUAUGCACCGUGGAGACCUAGGUGUGCCUGUAACCCCAGCACUGGGAACUAACUAGCCAGGUAGUCUAUCUAAAUGUAGAGGUUUAGUGAGAGGUCCCUUCUCAGCAAGGUGGAAGCCAUGGAGGUAGACACGCUGAUGCCACAUGCAUCAGCAUGGAUGAGAGUGUCUCGGCACACUCACCCUUGCCUAGACUCCUAAUGUGCAUGUAAUUUCCCACAGCAUGGGUGCAGUCAUUGCAGCUCUGUUCUGGAUUCAUUUGUUGUCUUUGGAGAAGCUCUGUUAUUUAGGCUCGUGGUA